AUGAGUCCGCCGCUUAAGCCAUCGCAGCCAAGGCUCAUGGUCGCACCGCCUCGCAUGAAUCUUCGACGAACAGGCUCCUACAACACCAUCUACGAGAGCCGUUCGCCAGCGUCCACAUCGGCCCGUUUCAACUUUGACCAUCUCAUCUUCUCGCCGCCUUCGCCUAGCUUGCCGUCUCUUCCGCGAAAAAGACAAAGAGCGUCAUCAAUAAAGGUUCUUGUCAACAGCCCCAGGCGAACAUUUCGCUUUGUUAUCUACCUGGCUGGCUUCGCUGCCCUCUUUUACUUUGUCGCUGGCCUUGUGAGAACACAGCUCGGGACGUCAUACCUCUUUGAUGAAUACGAAAUGGUGGCAGGCGACGGGCUGCCCGACUUUCCAACUCCUAUUGUAGUUGGUGACGGACCUAAGCACUCCAAAUGGACCGUUUCGAUUCCUCACAAGUACCGAUUUCCUCUCCUUAUGAGUGAAUACGCUGAAAUGAUGGACCACUGCCGCGAGGCUUCGGUUCGUUCCAGAAGCUCGGAUAUGGAGAUGGACUUGUCGCUGCAAAAAGCGUUGCGUACUUCCAUUGCCCGCGACGACAAGUUUGUAGAUAUUGCCGAGGCCGAAAAGACGAACGUGUUGCCGCCUGCAGACCGAAUUUUGACAAUUGAGGGAAAAGGUCAUUUCAUUGGAGCAAAGCAAAGCAUUGGCAAGCCUGUGUGCCAAAGCUCAUUUACAUAUGUGCUGGAGAGCACCGAUGCUGGCCUUGGACAAGCUCUCAUGAAGAUGUGGACAUAUUAUGGCCUUGCUAAAGCCACUGGGCGAGCAUUCUUUUUGGAGGAUUCCAACUGGGGGUACGGUGAAUAUCUGGAUAUGUUCCAGGUUCCGCCAGAGCCAUCUUGCCGCCCACCUCCUCGCCACCACAUGCUCCCGUGCCCUGUCGAUGCUGCACAUCUUGUGAUUUCCAAUGUCAACGCCAAGGAGCUUCUCCCAAUUUUGCUCGAGCGACACAUUCCUAUUGGUGAAGACGACAAUCCCGAGAGGCAAGUCAUGGAGCUGGCGUCCGUCGGAUACAAUGCCAUGUUCAAACUCAACAAGGAUGACCAAGCCUACGUCGACCAGCGAGUGCAGUAUUUUAAACAGCAAGCCAAAUCAGAUGAGUUGAUGACGGCCAAUGCACCAAUCAUUGGUAUGCACGUUCGACGUGGUGACCGACACCCGCUCGAGUUCCAAUACAAGCAGACGUAUAUCCCGUCAGAGGUGUAUCUGGACCGUGCCAAUGCCCUUGUUGACGAACAUUACAACAACUCCAUGUGGGCAGCUGAAGAAACUCACCGAUCCAUUACGCUUAUUGCGUCUGAUGAUCCCAUGGUGUAUCGUGAGGCAGUGUUUGCUGGCUCUGCUCUCGCGCAGGACCGCAUCAAGCUAGCUACAAAGCCGCCCAAGGCUGCCGACGAGGACUUGGACCCCAUCCAUCCUUUCAUUGAAGAGACUUUUGGCUGGGAGGGCGGUUUCUACUCACCCAUGUUCUGGAACCUAGGCACUGAGCGCCGAAACAACGCGGCCAAUGCCCCAACUGGAGCUGCAAGCUACGGAGUCGAGGCUGCCACAUCGCGCCCAAAACCCAAGAAGUCCACCUUGCAGUUGAGAAGCUACAUGGGCCGUGCCUAUAUGAUGGACUUGGCCGUUCUAGCCGGAGCCAGCGACAAGGUUGUGUGUGCCGUCAGUGCCAUGGGUUGCCGCCUGCUGGGCGUUAUGCUUGGGUGGGAGGAAGCGAUUGAAGAAGAGCGAUGGGUCAAUGUUGACGGUGACGAAUCGUGGAUGGGAUGGGAUUGGUGA